GAGAUGAUCCAGGAAGAGCUGAAGUGAGGAAUCCUAACCCAUCAGGAACAGGAAACAAUGUUUUCCAUCCAUCUUGAAAAGGUUAGCCAGGAAAACAAACCUGGCUAAUUUCCUAAUCACCUGUUAAUUAGGACAAACAGGACAAGGAAAGAGCACAGCUUCUGAUGACAGCAGCCCUUAGCAGGGUAUAAAAGGGGACCUGGGGCAAGCAGACUUCCAAACCUUCCAACCCACCUUCCUGAAAACUCACUCCGAACCUCCACCCUCUGACACCAUGGUCAACUCCUGUUGUGGAUCCGUCUGCUCUGACCAGGGCUGUGGCCAAGGCUGCUGCCAGACCACCUGCUGCCGCCCCAGCUGCUGCCAGACCACCUGCUGCAGGCCCUCCUGCUGUGGCUCCUGCUGUGGUUCCAGCUGCUGCCGCCCCUGCUGUGGCUCCAGCUGUGGCUCCAGCUGCUGCAGGCCUACUUGCUGCAUCUCUAGCUGUUGCCGCCCCACCUGCUGCCAGACUACUUGCUGCAGGACCACCUGCUGCCGCCGCCCCUCCUGCUGUGGCUCCUCCUGUGGCUCCUGCUGUGGCUCCAGCUGCUGCCGCCCCUGCUGUGGCUCCUGCUGUGGCUCCAGUACCUGCUGCAUCUCUAGCUGUUGCCGCCCCACCUGCUGCCAGACCACUUGCUGCAGAACCACCUGCUGCCGCCCCAGCUGCUGCCAGACCACCUGCUGCAGGCCCUCCUGCUGUGGCUCCUGCUGUGGUUCCAGCUGCUGCCGCUCCUGCUGUGGCUCCAGCUGCUGCCGCCCUUCCUGCUGUGGCUCCAGCUGCUGCCGCCCCAGCUGCUGUGUGUCCAGCUGCUGCCGGCCUAGCUGCUGCCCGACCCUCUGUUGCAAGACCACCUGCUGCCGUCCCACCUGCUGCCAGACCACCUGCUGCCACCCAGUCUGCUGACUGCCCUGACCU